AUGACGGUCGCCGAGCUGCUCCGCGCCGAUCUCGAGGAGCACGAGAUCGAGGAAGAUGAGCCUAUCCUUGAGGAUGAUGAUGACGACGAAGAUGAUACCGAGGAUGAGGAUGAAAAAGAUGACGAUGAUGUUGAGGGAGGUGAUGCUGGUGGAAGAUCUAGGCAGAGUAGGAGUGAGAAGAAGAGCAGGAAAGCCAUGGAGAAGCUUGGCAUGAAGGCCAUUACUGGUGUGAGCCGUGUAACUAUCAAGAAGAGCAAGACCGUUAUGUAUGUCCUCUCGAAGCCAGAUGUGUUCAAGAGCUCGCAGUCAGACACCUAUGUCAUGUUCGGGGAGCUCAAGGUCGAGGACCCGAGCACUCAGCUGCCGACACAAGCGGCGGAACAGUUCAAGGCGCCAGGCCUGAGCAGUGUGAUCUCGAAGGACGAGCCAUCCGUGGCAACAGCCCAGGACGAUGAGGAGGUCGAUGACACUGACGUUGACCAGAAGGACGUCGAGCUCGUGAUGACGCAGACCUCGGUGUCGAGAUCCAGGGCUGUGAAGGUGCUCAAGGCUGUGGAUGGCGACAUUGUCAGCGCCAUCAUGGAGUUGACUAACUAG